UUAAACCCGUUGGUCCCAACUUUGAGGCGUGAAUUAUACGCGUUUGUUGAAGACGGACGGUUCGAAAGACUAGAAGAUAAAGGGGGUCUUCCUCUCUUACCCCCAAGGAACAGGAUAGUGGGUGGUGAGGUGAGGAAAAAGAGGAGAGGGAAAAUGCAUAUGAAGAGCAGAGGUGCUGCAGAACUGACUGCAAGGAAUGUCCUGCACAGGAAAUGGGCUCUUCUGCUUUGCGUGGCAAGCUUCUGUGCUGGAAUGUUCUUCACAAAUAGGAUAUGGUCGAUGCUUGAAUAUAAGGAAAUUUCAAGGACUACUAGUGAGAUUGAAAGAAUAAAACUAAACUCUGAGGGUUGUAAUCUAAAUCUAGUUGCAAGGCCAAACUCAAAUUACAGUCAAGUGGAAGUUUUAAAUAAUCCGAACGCUGUCAAGAAUGAUGUCAAGAGACCAAGGAAGUCAGAGAAAGUUGAAUCAACCACGAGGAAAAAAUAUUUCAUGGUUAUAGGGAUCAAUACAGCUUUCAGUAGCAGGAAGAGAAGAGAUUCUGUUCGUACAACUUGGAUGCCACAAGCUAACGAAAGAAAGAAGUUGGAGGAAGAAAAAGGCAUAAUUAUACGAUUUGUUAUAGGUCACAGUUCUACAUCUGGUGGCAUUCUUGACAAGGCUAUUGAAGCAGAGGAGAGGCUUCAUGCUGACUUUUUGAGGCUGAACCACGUUGAGGGAUACCUAGAACUAUCAGCUAAGACAAAGACCUACUUUUCAACUGCUGUUGCCUUGUGGGAUGCAGAAUUUUAUGUCAAAGUUGAUGAUGAUGUUCAUGUCAAUUUAGCAACGCUUGGAUUGACUUUGAGUAUGCACCGUAUGAAAACUCGGGUGUAUAUUGGAUGCAUGAAAUCCGGUCCUGUCCUUGCUCAGAAGGGAGUGAAAUACCAUGAACCAGAAUACUGGAAGUUUGGAGAGGUGGGAAACAAGUACUUCCGUCAUGCUACAGGACAAUUAUAUGCCAUUUCGCAAGAUUUGGCUACUUAUAUAUCAAUAAAUCAGGAUAUGCUGCAUAAAUAUGCCAACGAAGAUGUUUCAUUGGGAUCUUGGUUUAUUGGUUUAGACGUGGAUCAUGUUGAUGAUAGGAGAAUGUGUUGUGGCACACCCCCUGAUUGCGAGUGGAAGGCGCAGGCUGGCAACAUCUGCGUUGCUUCGUUUGAUUGGAAAUGCAGUGGAAUCUGCAGGUCUGUUGAGAGGAUGAAAGAAGUUCACCUGCGUUGUGGGGAGGAUGAAAACGCUUUGUGGAGUGCAAGUGCAACCUUCUAA